AUGGAAAAACGAUACUUGAGUUUAGCAAACAAUUUAAUAAAUGACCUCCUGGAGUCGUCGUCCUCUUCUUCAGAUGACGAGGAGCUCGGCGUACUUUUAAAUCCAAAAACUAACUGCUUACGCGUAAAUAACUUUGUAAAUGAAGUAUCAACUUGUACACAGGCCGCAGGGUUUUGCUGCAAUAAAACUACCAUAUGUGAGGUUAGCAACCUGUUUAAUGUGUCAUAUUCUUGUGCCCAUAACGUGAUAAACAAUGUUGUGUCGUUUCUGAUUGGACUUUCACCAGACAUCAUAAAAUUCCCCCAAAGUGCUACUGAAAAAGAGAUUAUAUCAAAUGAGUUUGCGGCAAUCUCUGGUUUUCCUAACGUAUUAGGCUGCAUUGACGGGACCUACAUUUCGAUAAGGGCGCCGAAAAAAAAAUUCGUUCAACAUACAUAUAUAAAUAGGCAUGACACAAUUUCCGUGACUAUGCAGGGUAUAUGUGAUGCAAAUUUAAAAUUUUUCGAUGUUUUCACUGGCGUGGCGAGUAAAGUGGACGACUCGCGUGUGUUGAAGUUAUCUUUCAUUGGUAAAGAACUUCCAAAGCUAUGUUUACCAAAAUAUCAUGUGUUAGGGGAUUCUGCAUAUCCGAUCCGAAAUUAUUUGUUAACGCCGUAUAGGGAUUACGGGAAUUUAACUGAGCAAGAAAAGAGAUACAAUUACAAAUUUAGUCAAACACGGGUCCGAAUUGAAAACGCCUUUGGAUUGUUAAAAUGUCGUUUCCGGCAACUUAUGCGAUUAGAUUUUCAUGAAGUUGAGACUACAGCGAAAUUUAUACUAGCAUGCUGCGUACUUCAUAAUGUUUGCAUAGACAAACAAGAUUUUAUAGAGAAAAAAGAAUACUGCGUUGAUCCUGCUUCCGUUCAGGAACAACAUUUUCCUUUCGAAGUAAGCGACACUGUUCUUACUGAGCUGGACGAAAUAAAAAGAAGCCAAAUAAAGUCACUUUUUUGA